AGUACACUGCAGACGAGUGUGUGAGGUGCACUGCUUGCUGGUAAAGGGGAUAUAACCGUAGCCUAGAAUGGACCUAGCAAAGUGAUCUGUGUGCUGUUUAGGUAUAGUGUCUGCACACUGGGGUGUAGGCAGGUUCUGUGCAGUAUGGGAUGGUGCUAGAGACUUGUUCUCAUGCCUGAGCAGCAAUCAGAUCAUAUUGGAAUAGUCGCAGGGGACACAACAAAGCAAGGUAUCACCUGGCAACAAGACCCAGGCAGGUAACUCUGCUAUGAUAUCAGCCUUUCAUCUGGGUCUUCCUUUACCUGCAGCCUCACCCUCAACACUUCAAUCCUCUGUUAAUGUGAAUGUUCUACUAGGAGCUUCUGGCUUGGGCAGAACAGGUUUUGUCAUUUGGCCUACAGCCGACCUGCUCUCUCGCUGCCUGGCCCACCUCAUCAGCUGCAUCUGUUACACGUGUCUGACCAGACUGCUCUUCUUCUGCUGUCUUGUCCAUGUUUGUCCAACCCUGGUCUUGCUGACAACCACGACUUGUGUGUUACAAUACGUAUGGCCAAUUUAAGCCUUUGUGCAUAGGACAUCCACAUCAUGUUAUUUGGCCAUCUUACGUCUUUGCUCUAUUACGUACCCUCAGCAUGGCCUAAACUUUCACCUUGGUCACACUGCCCACCUUGUGUGUGUUCGAUCUCUAGACACCUCUGAGUUUGUUCUUCAGUCAUCAGCUAUAGUUCCUCAGUUUUCAGACUGAUUAUGGUGACACCAACCUCUGCAAAUGGAGAAAAUUAAGAAGACCAGAUCCCAGACAGGAAGCAGAGUCUCCGGGGAGUCCCGUGGCAGUUCACGGAGGCGCAGGUUAUUUUGGAAACUUCGGCAGCGAUGGAAACUACUUGGGCUCUUUGAGAUUGACAAAGAACAUGAGUUUUACCCAUUGACCUGUGAUCUAAAAGAAGGGUUAAGAGAUGCUAUUCAGGAUACUAUAGACACGGAUGCCACGCAGCUGUGUCUGACCGAUGAGGAUUACAGUGCUAAACUCACACAGGGCCAUGAGGGCUACGUUAUGAGGACGUAUGCAGGCCCCGUGUUCAGGCACUUUCGUCAGUCCCUGAGGUUAUCAGAGGAAGGUUACCAGCGGUCUCUCUCCUCCUGUGGCCUCUACCUACAAUUCAUUAGCAAUUCCAAGAGUAAGGCUGACUUCUUCCUGACGAAUGACAAGCGUCUGUUCCUGAAAACUCAGAGUAAGAGGGAGGUUCACUUCUUACUGCAGAUCCUGCACAAAUACAUCCAGCACUUCCAGGCCUACCCACACUCCCUGCUGGUCAAGAUCUUGGGUGUCCACAGUAUUGUCAGGGAACAUGAGAAAAAGAAAUACUUUAUCAUCAUGCAGAGCGUCUUCUUCCCAGAUGAGCGGAUCACUGGCCGAUAUGAUAUAAAAGGCUGCCACGUGAGCCGCUGGACUGAGCCAGAACCAGAGGGAAGCAGGGUCCUGCAGGUCUUCAAGGAUAUAAACUUUGAAGGAAAUGCCAUCUGCUUGGAUCAGCAGCGCUCCUGGCUGCUCCGUCAGACUGAGCUGGACACCCAUUUCCUUCAGGACCUCAAUGUUCUGGAUUACAGUCUCCUUGUAGGAUUUCAGACCCUGCACCCAGAUGAGAAGAACCAGAACUGGUCUCUAGCCAACCUCAUUGUCCGCACUAAGAGGUCUGUAAAUGGGACAGGCAGUCCGACCACCUCUAACUGCGCAUCUGUUCCUGGCACUGUCGAUGAGGAGGGUGAAUCCGUGGAAAAAGAGGAAGGGGGGACGGAUUUUAGUGGGACCCCGGAAAUGACUUCUGGAAGACGCCUGCCCAUGAAGAAAAUUGGCCAGCAGGCCAGCACUGUGUCCAAUAUUUCCGACGUCAUGGCACAAAAUCGGCGCUUGCUCCCCAACUACAGAAACCCGCUGCAUGUGAUGGAUGGCCCAGAAUUACGAUACUUCAUCGGGAUAAUUGACAUAUUCACAGUCUACGGCUUGAAGAAAAGACUGGAGCAUGUGUGGAAGAGUUUGCGUUACCGCGGGCAGGAAUUCUCCACGGUCAGUCCCUCCCGCUAUUCGCAGAGAUUGUGUCAUUGGGUAGAGACGCAUACUGUGUAAUACUUCAUAUGCCAAAGCUUCUAUACUGGCCUUCACACUGGAAGAAUCCCCAUAUACAGAGGUGUCACUCACCCCAGUGACACCCAGUGCGGCAUUGCCGGGGCAUGCCAUGAAAAAGGGAGUGGCUUAGCGGAGGGGUGUGGCUUUGACUCUCGGAGACUGUGUGUCUGCACUUCCCGGCUCCUUCACUGUGACAGGACCCGGGUGCUGCAUGUAAUGUUACAGUGCAGCACUCGAUUCCUGUCAUCGAGCAGGAGCUGGCAUUUUGGUGUCACUCCUCUGCGGGUAACACCCGGGUGCGGCCCGCACCCCCCUUGUGAUGUCACUGCUAUAUGUUGUGCCUUUAAGAGGUGAAGCACAACUUUCUCACAUUUCAAAUGCCUUACGCUUCCUUCAUGCAAAUUAUAUGUAAUAAAAAAAAUUUGAAGGACACUUACUGUUUUGGGGAAUAACAAGCGCAUGAAAACUAUGAAGAAUGCAGAAGCUUAUGCCAAAGUACAAGCAUCGGUGACCUGGAGUAACUGGUUACCAGGAGGGAUGCAAGCUGCCUAUUUGCUGCACAACUUCCAGUCCAAAUCCAGUUUGUAAAAUGUAAGUGCUUGCAGGAAUGUGCUUGAAUAGAAACCUAAUAUUAUAUUUAGGACUUCAACGUUUUUCUGAGACUAUCAUUUCUGCUUUCUACCUGAGGAUAAUAGAUGCAAGCAGGCCUCAUCCUUCAAUAAAAAUGCAACUGUCAGCUUCACACAGUGGUGGCAGCCAUUUUGUGGUGUGAGACUAUAUUCACGAACAAGCAGCCUAUCCAUUCACUGGGAGCCAAUGACAUCACGGAAGCAAAAUUGAUGUUGACACCCAAAAAAAUCUGCCUCGGCAGCUUCCGCAUAAGCAAUCUUCAUGAGAAUGCAAUAUAUAACAAUGAUUUAGAAGCACAAAUAUACAAUAUGCUCUAUGCAUGAGAUUACAAUAUUUGCCAGCAUUUGCAAGACUUGAAGUGAUUUUUUUUUUUUUAAUAACAUAUCACGUGUAUUACCAUCUGGGUCUACAAUUAUAGUUAAUUUUAUACUUCUUGCAAGUGAUACCAGUAGGCAGUACAGUAUAUAAUAUCCAUAUACAUGCAUUUAGGUUGUUCCCAAAUGACAAAGCAACUAGUAUUUAGUGUAUUCCCUCUUUUUUAGCUUGUAGAUUAAAGUUUACAUGGGAAUUAAAAAUCAUGCAAAUGUUAAAAUUUAAUUUAAAAAUUCCUGUACACGAUAUUGGAGAAAGUUUAAUAAAAGUGUACUUGCACACAGUGGAGGCA